AUGAGAUCAAGGUCUGUUGCACAGGAUUACAAUUGGGACGGCGUUAAUAAUAUUGGAAGCACCAGUAGUGCCUUGAACAGUAUUAAUGCUUUUCAAGGCAGUACUGAAGAUCAGCUUUCAUCUCCCAAGAGUACUAUACGUAGGUCUGACGCAGGAGGCAGUUGUACAAGUAUUGAAUUAGAUGCAUUAUCAAGGAGUGCUUCCUCAGUAUACUCUCCAAGAGGAGUUCAUGAUUUCACACUUAGUCAUCAAUUACCUCAGCAAACAGCUCCAACAUUAAUGGAUCAUCAGGUGUUUGGGUUUAGUGCAUUAUCUCCAAAUUUGGGUUGUUCAACUUCAACCAGCACGUCUGAUCCUACGAAGUUUGCAUCUACUUCUAAUAUUAUUAAUGGAGCUCAGAACUGUGUUGCGGACAGAAGUUUUGAUAAUUCUAAUUAUGGGAAACUUCAACAAGUAAUGCUAGAGGCAGAGAAAUUGACAAUCUUUCAGCAGAAAGUAGCAAGUCAGUUUAGGGAAGCUAUGGGCCAGGCCCAAGAAGAGUUGAUAUGCAGAUCAAGAGAGAUUGAGGAAGCGAAAGUAAAAGGAGAAGAACUUGAAAAGAUGAAGAAUCAGAUAUACCAAGUGAUGGAACAUAUCCAGACUUUUCAAGAAAAUCAAACAUCAUUAGAGAAACAAAUUGCAAAGUUGCAGGUGGAUCGUGAUAAUGCAAUAAAAAAAGCUGAAGAGCUAAGAAAUACACAAGGAGAGUACUUAAGUGGGAACAUGCGAAUUCAGUUCUCUGAGUUCUCACCCUCUGUGAUUAAAGAAGCCACUAAAAACUUUGAUGAAUCCCUGAAAAUUGGAGGCGGUGGAUUUGGGAACGUUUAUAGAGGUCUUAUCCUCCAAACUGAUGUUGCUAUAAAGAGGCUACAGUCUACUUGCGGCCAAGGCAAGGCAGAGUUUCAAGCGGAGGUUCGUGUGUUGAGUCACCUGAGCCAUCCAAAUCUUGUAAAACUCAUAGGAUGUUGCCCAGAAGAAUCUGCACUCGUAUACGAGUAUUUGCCCAAUGGAAGCCUUCUCGACCGACUCAGAUGUAGGGAUGACACUCCCUCAAUACCCUGGGAAACUCGAUUAAGCAUCAUUAAAGAGUUGUGCUCUGUCCUUACAUAUCUUCAUUCACGUAAACCUCACAGCUUUGUGCACGGGGACCUAAAGCCAUCGAAUAUCCUCCUUGAUGAAAAUUUCGUUUCUAAACUUAGCGACUUUGGAAUUUGCCGGGAGCUAUGCCAUGAUCAAUGUUCAAACAAGGACACAACACUGUGUCGUAUAACUCGCCCAAAGGGCACCUCGGAUUACAUAGAUCCUGAUUUUUUUGAAACAGGAAAGCUUACUAUGAAGGCAGAUGUUUACUCAUUUGGGAUCAUUUUAUUAGAGUUGUUGACAAAUCGGUCCCCAUCAUUUGUAAUAUUUGAUGUGAAAUUGGCCUUAGAAACCGGAAAUUUGGAGGCUCUCUUGGAUCAAUCAGCCGGAGGUUGGCCACUUUCAGUUGCUAAAGACUUGGCAGAAUUGGCAUUGAAGUGCUGCGACAAGAACCGAAAGAAUCGACCAAAACUUGAGUCAGAUGUGUGGAAGGUGCUUGAAUCAAUCUUGAGUGCUUAUAAAUUUGUAGCCUCUGUCUCGUCCUAGCUACACUAAUUUGGUUGUA